AUGGUCGCCUUCGUCGGGUGGCGGUUUCUGCCCAUCUUGCCUCGGCCUCAAGCUAGGCUCCUGACGUACGUCGGCGCGGGCAUCGACCUGCCGCACAUCCCCGAGCCUACGAAGCAGGACGUGGAGAAGUGGCACGGGGAAUACGUCCAGGCGUUGGUCAGGCUUUUCGACGCUCGCAAGGCGGAGGCGGGCUGGCCAGAUGCAGUGCUGGAGGUGUCGUAG